AAUUUCAACUGUCAAAAAUUGUGAAGAUGGGAAUUCGUUUCUUUCGUUACGACUCGAAUUAUCGAAAUUAUUAAACAAUUUUAACUGCAGUGCGUUAUAAAAUAAUCCCGUCAUCAUUUUAUGCUCACGUGUGUGUGUUGUUACAAAUAUUCUUUCAAAUCUGGAUGAAGAAACCAUGAUUGCUGCGUCUGAGCCUCUGGAGUUUGUGCCUCACGGCAGAACUGUGCUGACUAGGCACCCGGGUCAGAUCUACAGCAAACACAAUACGUCAGCGUCAGAGAACUCCUUGUUAUACAAGCUCACCAACUUUGCCAUCAAGGAUGAGAGUCUACUGGAGGCACGGGAGACUGAGGAACAGGAGUGGUGGUGCAUCCGUGAGGUCUACUAUAAGACUUGUAAUGAUUUAGAAGAUGAACCGCAACAACCAAAAGAUUCAAAGUACGAGUUCAACUCCGAAUCCUUUCGGGCACCGAGUCGUCUCAAAAAUGACUUUAAUAUCUCUAUCAAGUCGGAACUGAUGAGUGGUAUGAAGAAGAUGGAAGGAGAUGGUUUGAACUCUGCCGGUCCAUCGCGUGGUGGUAGCGCUAACAGUUCUAGUAACAUGUCCAAGAAAUUCAACCUGACUUCUGGUUCCGGAAGCAAGAAUUCCAAAACUGGGUUAAAUCCAAAGACUGAUAGCUCUUAUGAAGAGGAGUUGUAUGUUAAAGGGUGUACUGCUGUUUGGUCUAAAGGUCUCAUCUCCAUGCCAGCUACAAAACUCACAGAUCCAGAACACAGAGAAACAAUAGCUUGCUACACCAUAGAGAAUCCCAUCAAACAUGCAGCUUUCUGCAAUUUCCAUGUUGAUAUCAAGAACACAAUGCUUAUAGAUGCUCUAAAUACUCAGAUUGGAGAUGUGAAGAAAAACAUUAAGAUUGAAGAUACCACAGAACAUAUACAAACUAAAACCAUGCCCGCCAUUUUGUUAAUAGAUAGCAAAUGUAUGAAAGUUUACGCUAAUGAAGGACGAGAAUACAUCACUAGUAUACCAUUUCAAGUAAAAAAAGUUUGGCCUAUGAAGUAUGGAGUUUUAUUAGAAAAGGAGGCUACACCUGUGACUCAGAACUCUGUGCUACCAACCUCCUUUAUAAAAUUAAAUGAAUCUCAGAAUAGUACUUUUUCUAAGUCGAAAUCGAACUUCCCGUUCAACAUGAGUUCUAAGUUUCGACCGGAUUCUGUGUCGGCGUUCGAACAAGAUGUUGCAUUGCCAACUUGCUUCUCAUUAACGCAUCCAUUGGAUGAAGUAACUCCUAUACUGAUGAAGUCACCUUCACAAGGACUUCAAUACUACAAUGACGGAGAUUUACAAAUCAUCUUUGUUAGUUCAAAUCCGAGUAUUAUUUUACUGUACGACUGGAAACUAGGCACUCAUUCACUUUGGAAGAUCAGAAAAACUGUUAGAGACGAAUGUCUAUCAAUGUGUCCGAAUAUGAAUUCUACUACAACAGUGUUUAGUCAAUCUUGUGACUUUAUGGGAAGUCCGAUGCAGAGCCAGAGGAACGUGACCAGUUGGGCAACUGGUCUGGGUAGUCCGUACCAGUCGAAGAAGUUUCCGAGUACUCCAACUAUGUCCAGAUCUAGAAUCAACAGUCCGAUGGCCAACGUGUUCCAUCAGCAAGGGUUGUCACCUCAUGCUUCUAUAGGACAAGCCUCUUACACUUCAAUGAUGGCAAACAAUGGUCCGCAGAAUCCUCCAUCAUUACCAUUGUACCCUGAUAUCUGCUUGGAUCAUAUAUGGACGGACACACAAGUAAUUAGGAGAGAUCCUAUCGAGGCUGCAAGUGAUAUGAAGACGUUCUUACAUACAGAUUUAGUUGGCCAUGAUUAUUUGUGUUUUAUAGUGAAAGUGGGAGGUGUGAGUAGAUUGCAAAUUGUACGAUUGCAACGAUCUCAUUCAUUGGGACAAACGUCUAAGACGAAUCUCAUGGUUGGAGCGGUUUCCACCGUGUUGGCUAAAGAUGCUGUGGUGUUGGAACAUCUCAAUAUGAUUGCAUUGAUUGAUGAGGCUGGGAACAUUAUCUUGCAGUCUGGGAAUCAUGUUGUUGGGAAAGUCCACGUUGGCGGUGUGCUAGCCCGUCUAAUAGACUCUCCCUACACCAAACGAGCUACCUUCCAGUCUCCCUUCCCUCGUCGCAGCAGUUUACUGCCCAGCCGGUGUAAUGAAACAUCCAACUUUGAUGAUUCAGCGCUCCAUCUACUAUCACCAGUGCCUCAUACUUCCACUGCAAGACACGAGCAAAAGGAAAGCUUAGGACUAUGUGGUCUCUGUGACGCAGCCGGUUCUCGCAUGACGUUGCAGUUCGAAGCCGGGCCGAUGUACAGGAUAUCUUUACCUCCAUUAACUUGUUCUACUUUAGUAACUCGGUGUUAUACUGCUUUAAAAGCUAUUUUGCCUAAAGAUAUUACUAUGCAGGUUAUAAUAAAAUGGUACGGCGUCCGCAACGCUCCAGGCACACAAGAUCUAACUCCAGACCAAGAAUGGUCAAUGUUCUCCAACCUUCUCCUCUCUCUAAUCGGAUAUGACGUAGAAAAACUACAAACUAAACAAACUGAUGACGUAGACCAUGCAGAGGUCGCCACUAAGAAGCAGAGGACCUCAAGCGAUGGGUCCUCAGACGACUGGGAGUACUUACUGAACUCAAAAAUGCAUAAAGCUAUAGGCCAAUCUUUAUCCAUGUUAAAACUCCCCGUACCAAAUUCAGAUACUCACAGAAAAAACAAACGAUCAAGUACUGAACCGGAAAAAACCGUCCAAAUUAAUACAAACUCUAUGCUAUUCCCAUAUAUAUUACAAGUACUAUAUUCGCUACAUUUAGUUUAUGAAGAAUUUAAACUGAACACUCUCCUAUGGAACAACUUGCGACCAUUGUCUUCGUUUUUAUACCAACUGUCAAAGGAUUUGAAAUUGGACGCCUAUGUGAACCAUUAUUGGUUGGAUUUCCCAACGGAUUUGAACUUGGAAUACGAUGAUGAGUCCCAGAUUUGUGAGGGCAAUUGGAACAAGUUGUGUGAACCUGUAUACUUUAGCCGGGACCCUCCUAAUGUGUAUUUGUAUUUGAACUCUAUGCUGAAGGAUUUGGAUGUGGGAUCAUACCCGUAUUUGGCUGAAGUUAAUGAUAUGUCCCGGGAUAUUAUUGAGAUCUUGUCAACAGUGGGUUGUGGCCGUAGUGCCGGUAUCCAGACUAUAUCGAGCAGAGACACGGUGGCGGCCAGCAGCACGCCGCGAGCUCGCCGCGACACUAACAACUACAGCUCGCCAUACUGCCAGGCGGUCAUCAUGGCCUGUGAUAAAGGUAUAACCCUCAGAGACGUGGACAACCUCCCACCAGCGCUAGGCCUCCUCCUCCUGACAAUAUUCAGUCGCUGCAAGAGUUCCCCUCCAGCAGACUGGCCGCCAGAAGCAUAUAACUUGGUGAUGAGGGAAGAUCUGGCCCAUCAGGCAGAGGUCGCGCAUACUAUGAAGACUGCGUCCGAUUAUAUGGAGUUCAUAGCACUAGAAGUACUAGAGAAGGACACAGUGUACACGUUGGCUAAGAAACCCGUGGAACCGGCGCGGAGUAACCCUGAAGAUGCUGACGUCAUCACCGGCAUGGAACAUCUUAACACACAACUACUUCAUCUGCUGUACCCACGGGAUCAUAGGAUGUCAGAAGUAAUAAACCUCCUCCAGUCAUCGAUUCCAGUGAAUAUAAACCUGACGCAGCGACCUGAAGUAUCAGACCAUGACUUCAUAGAGGAACAGGAGAAGUAUCUGUUUGCAGUCAGCACCAGGACCAUGGCAUUGCCUAUAGCUAGAGGCAUGGCGAGCCUGCGCUGCGUGCCGUGCCCGGCCACGGAGGCGGUGGAGCUGCCCCGCGUGUGCGCGUGGGGCCGCUGGCGCGGGCGCGGCGCGGGCGCGGACGGCGCGCCGCCCGCCUGGCCCGCCUUCCACAACGGCGCCGCCGCCGCGCUGGCGCUAGUGCCGCUCUCCGGCUUCACCAUAGACUCCGAGUGGGUCAUCUACAACAAGCCACGGGGUACAGCAGAGAUGUCAACAGAACAUGCGGGCUUCCUGAUGGGCCUCGGUCUGAACGGUCACCUGCGGGACAUGCCGUUCAUGAACAUCUACGAGUAUUUAGUCAAAUGCAACGAGAUGAUCAGUGUCGGACUGCUACUGGGGCUGGCUGCUACUUACAGAGGCACGAUGGACGUCCAAGCAACGAAGAUGAUGAGCAUCCACCUGGAGCCCCUGCUCCCCCCUACCUCGAUAGAGCUGGACAUCCAGCAGAACAUACUGGUCGCAGCACUACUGGGGGUGGGGCUCAUAUACCAGGGCACUGCGCAUACACAUUAUGCACAAGUAUUGCUCAAUGAGAUUGGUCGUCCGCCGGGCCCCGAGGCGGAGGCGUGCGUGGAGCGCGAGGGGUACGCGCUGGCGGCGGGGCUGGCGCUGGGCCUGGUGCUGGCCGGCGCCGCGCGCGCCGCGCCGCCCGCCGCCACCCGCCUCGCGCGCCGUCUGCGGACCUACAUGCUGGGGGGAGAUAAACUGCCGCUAACCGGUACACAAAAAGAUAAAUACAAGCAAGGUUCCUUCGCUGUCCGGGAAGGUGCGACAGUGAACCUGGACGUGACAUCUCCCGGCGCGACUCUUGCCCUGGGUCUGCUAUACCUGCGUACUGGCUGCCCGGCGCGGGCCGCCUGGUUACAACCACCUCGCACUGCUUACCAACUUGACUUCGUUCGACCUGAUCUGCUGAUGUUGAGGGUUAUUGCUAGAGGUUUGGUAUUAUGGGACAGUAUAGAACCUACUGAGGAGUGGGUGGAGAGCCAAGUACCUGACACUAUCAAACCGUACUGCUUCGUCAAACCCACUGAGGAUAACAUCGACUAUGAAGCUAUGAACCAAGCAUACUGCAACAUAAUAGCGGGCGCGUGCUUCGCGCUGGGGCUCCGGUUCGCGGGGUCGGGCGACGAGGACGCGCGCGACACCGCGCUGCACUACGCGCGCCUGUUCAUUGCGCUCGGGGGGAAGACCAUCGCCGAGCUGGCUGGCAGGUCCACGCUGGAGGCGUGUCUCUGUGUCUGUUUGUUGGCCGCUGGGAUGAUAAUGUGCGGGCGCGGCGACAUAGAGACACUGCGCGUGUGUCGCCGCCUGCGGGCGCGCACCCCGCCGCACGCCGCGCACACACACGCGCCGCUCACUCACGGGGGACAGAUGGCAGUGCACAGUACAAUAGGGCUCCUGUUCCUGGGCGGGGGUAGAGCGACGCUGAGUACUACACCCACUGCAGUAGCCGCGCUACUCGCUGCAUUCUUCCCCAAGUUCCCCACACACAGCGAAGAUAAUAGGUACCACUUGCAAGCCUUCAGACACCUGUACGUAUUGGCAGUGGAGGCCAGGCUCAUACUACCGCGGGAUAUCAGCACUGAGAAGCUAUGUUACGCACAUAUACAGGUAAUAGACCUAAACGGCGUGGUGAAAGAGAUGAAGGCGCCCUGCAUCAUACCGGAACUGAGUACGUUGAAGGAAGUGAAGAUCAACGACCCACGAUACUGGCCCAUCACGUUCCAGAAAGAUAGGAAUUGGGACCAGCUCAAGCUAUUCCUCGAGUACUCAUGGUGCAUAGACAUAAAGCAGCGCGCCGGCUGUCUCUCCUACAUAGACGACCCUCAAGGCUUCCUCACAAUAUUGGCACAAACGCUCACACUCGACAAGUCCAACAUUUGGUCCACGAACACCGAAAACAUAGAACUAUUCACAAACGACGACAAAAUAAGGAACUUUGUCAAACAAUAUUUGGUCAAAGAUGGUGGUGAAAAUAUUUGUGGGGAUUGUUUGGUGGUAUCGCGGCGGAGGAAGAGUGGUAAGGAGCCAGUGCUCGGUACUUGUACGUGUCGAGUGUACACUCGGCCUGAACGGGAACAUUUGCAAGGACUCGCCAUGCUCACAUACGACUGUGUUGUUAAGGACAUACUCUGUGCUCUGCCUAUUUGGACCACGUUCUUGAAGAUAAUAAAAACAAUGAAACCAGAACCCACCUCCUACCACAUCUGGCAAAUAAAGCUUCUACUAUCACACAUAGUCAAUCACAACAGAAGAACGAUGAACGAAAUGAAAGUAGACGACCAAGAGGCCACGAACGAACCUUUAAUAUCAAAUGAAUUCACUCUAGCUAUUAAGCAAAAAGUAUCAAGUAUAUUUGACAGUUGGGAAUCGAGGUUGGCUCCGUUUUUGAGGAAGUAUCUUGGUCUACCCAGCAGUCGGAAGAUCAGUGGCUGUGACGAUGAUGUUAAGAAGAUUCUUAGCGGGUUCCUCGUGUACCAUGAUCUGCCCAAAGGUGCUAUGAAGGAUUCUAUUGGCGACGACGAGCUAUCAAUACUACUGCAACUGGAAGGAGUGUCGAUGGAGGGUAUGAGCAAGGUGUGCGAGCUAGUGAGAUGAUGUCGCGCGCUGCGCCGCGGGUACAUGACGCGCUCCAAGUGUCGCGGGGACUGCGCCACGGACUGGUGCCGGCAUUGAUCGCUGGCUCGCUGGCUCGUCGUCAUCGUCAUCAAUAGCCGUAAAAUAGACCUAGUGAGAAGGUCACAAAACAUCAUAUUUUACUAUACUUUUAUUACUAGAGAAGUAAUUAUUUAUUCCACAAACAAGUGACGUCAUUUUAAAGUUCACGUAACUGUUCGAUGUGCAUUAUUAAUAAUGUAUUAUUAAAAUAUGGUUUAAAACUCUUGUAUUUUAAAAUUAAAUUCCAAUUCUCCCACCAUAUAUUGAUUGCGUAUUAUAAUUAUGUACAAUUUGUAAUGAGAAUAGUGUAAAUAUCUGUAAAUAAUGUAACAGAUAACAUUGUACCGUUUCCAUUUUUUGUUUGUGGUAUUUAAGAGUC